CAGUCUCCUCCACUGCUCACUCCCUACUUGCAGUGUUUAAAGCUUCUCUUCAUCUCCACACCCCCUCCUCCACUCCCACAGCAGCCUCUAUGUCAUCUGCAGCACCGGGAGAACUACUAUUGCCGCUGCCUGCACGGAGUGAAGACAAGGAAGGGGAGAAAUGAACAUCUCUCAGUAUCGGUACACCUGCACAGAGCUGAAGGAUUCUCCUGGCUUUUCUGGAAAACUUACAAAGAGGAUAUCACAAGCUACCUAAAGUUGGGACAGUCUCUUAGCUUCUUCUUCUAUCCCCCUCCUUUUCCUUGAUGAUGAACUAUGCACUGGGUAUCUAAAGCCUGGCACUAGGGCUGACCUGGGGCACCUCAAGUAUUUCCAGCAUACAGACUGAAUAAGCCAAAGCAACUUUGCUUCUCGGAAACAUUAAGGGACGUUUCGAAGGAGCCUGACAUUCCAUCUGUUCUGCAGGAUAACUUGUAUAAGUAACCUGAUGAGGAAAUGAUUAUAGACAAGCAAGGAGCAGCCUAUAGAAUUCUAUAUGUGAAUGUAACAGGGUAUAUUGUCUGUGCCUGGGAAAAAAUUCAACUAGCAGAAUGCAGGUGAAUAUAAAGUUAUGCCUAUAUUCCAUAGAAAAGCAAUAACUGGAAUUUGUUUGCACAAAGGGAACAUAAUGAAGCCAGAAAAAAAUUCUUCCCUGGAAUAACACUUAUACAAUUAAACAGCUAAAUUAGCUAAACCUCAGCCAUAUAUAUAUAUUUUUAUUGCCAGAUUGUUGAUGCAUUGGUAUGGAUGUUGCGUAAGCAAACUAAUGAAGAGUCAGUAGAACGUGACUUGAUGCCAGCUGAAAUAACCUGUGUCACUGCAUGAGUGGAAAUCUGUGUUUCAGUUCUAUGAUUUGGAAGGUCCAGUCAGAGACAGGAUAUUUAUUUUAAUACUCACUCUCAAACUUUUGAAUCUAUGAGCCUAUCUAAACCUUUGUUUACUGGUCUGAACAAUCAACUCAUAUAUUGUGCAUGAAGAUAAUAUUUUGCCUUGAGCUUUAGACAGCAAAAAUUAUUGCAUAACAAGUCACCCAGUGGAUCAGAGAAACUGCUAGAGGACCCCAUGAGAUUACAUUUUCACUUUAGCAUAUUGAGAGUGGGGAACUGCUAAAAAUGGAACAUCUGACUGAAUGUCAAGAAGUUACUGACCAGCUGAAUGUGUCUCAAACCAAUUACUCCUUUGAUGGUAGAAGUUGUAUCACAAGUCUAGAUAGCUAUGGGCAGGAAGAUGUGCUAUCCUUCUCAAAGAUCAUCUUGACAGUUAUCUUAGCUCUAAUUACUUUAGCCACUUUAUUGUCCAAUGCAUUUGUAAUUACAACAGUCUAUCAAACCAGGAAACUGCACACACCUGCUAACUAUCUCAUAGCCUCACUGGCAUUUACAGACCUUUUAGUAUCAAUUCUGGUCUUGCCAAUUGCUAUUGUAUAUACCGUAACUGGUAAGUGGACUUUGGGGCAGAUUAUAUGUGAUAUGUGGUUAUCAUCAGAUAUCACUUGUUGCACAGCAUCUAUCCUUCAUUUAUGUGUCAUAGCUCUGGACAGAUACUGGGCAAUCACAGAUGCAGUUGAAUAUACCAAGAAAAGGACUCCUAAAAGGGCAGUUGUCAUGAUAGCUCUUGUGUGGGUAUUCUCAAUCUCAAUUUCAAUGCCCCCUCUUUUUUGGCGUCAGUCCAAAGCAGAAGAGAUAGCAGUUUGUGCAGUAAAUACUGAUCAUAUUUUGUACACAGUGUAUUCCACUGUUGGAGCUUUCUAUAUUCCCACAUUACUUCUAAUAGCUCUUUAUGGAAGGAUCUAUGUUGAAGCUAGAUCUAGAAUUCUGAAACAAUCUCCCAAAACCACUGGCAAGCGACUGACAAAGGCUCAUCUAAUUACUGAUUCCCCUGGUUCUUCAUCAGUGUCCUCCACAAACUCAAGGACUCUUGAGAUGCCUAGUGAUGCAGGAUCACCAGUGUAUCUAAAUCAAGUGAAAGUUAAAGUAUCUGAUGCUCUCCUCGAGAAAAAGAAAAUUAUGGCUGCCAGGGAAAGAAAGGCUACAAAGACUUUAGGAGUUAUUCUUGGAGCUUAUAUUGUCUGUUGGUUACCCUUUUUUAUUAUUUCACUGGUUAUGCCAAUUUGCAAAGAUGCCUGUUGGUUUCAUCCUGCAAUUUUUGACUUUUUCAAUUGGCUGGGAUAUCUCAACUCUUUAAUAAACCCAAUAAUAUAUACCAUGUCUAAUGAGGACUUCAAGCAAGCUUUCCACAAACUGAUAAAUCGUUUUAAAUGUUCAUCAUGAAUUUUGUUUUCUUCAUUGUUUUUCUCAGUUUGACACUAAUGCACUUGUUUGGGUUUGACUUUACAGAACCAAGUCGAUAUUGUAAAGAAUCACUGCCUGAAAAACACCCCAUCCUGAGUUGUCAGACUCAUGAAUUCUGCUCAGCGCAAACGUCAAUACAUACUGCCAUCCUACUGUUCAGCUCUGCAUUUCACUCUUAUGACUCUUGCAAUGAUACUGCUUAAAUAUUCACUCAUGUCAGAUGCAAAAGGGGAGACUUCAAAUCCAUGCUUUCAAUUGUCAACUGGAUAAAAAAUUUGACUUAUCAUAAUCCUUGUUUGCUGUUCUGCUCCAGCCCUUGGUGGCUGUUCUUUUGUUUCCAUUCUUUUUAACAUAUUUUGGGAAAUUCAGCCAUGCACGUUCUAGGGGAGUGCUUAAUAGCACAAAAUAUGUUUUGCCUUUGACUAUAAUAUGUCUGUGUUUGCUUGUCUUUUAUGUCUGCAGAGAGAAGUAUGGAUGAUAGGAUAUUUUCUUAAAAUCAAAACUAGUAAAGCAGAGGUGUGCAAUGCUAUUUUUGUAUUUUAAGAUAAAAAAAAUGAACACUAUAUUCUAUAAGUGAAUCAGAUAUAUUGCACAUAAGUAUAAUUUGUUGAUAAAGCAUUUUAUAAAAAUGUUAUACUUUGGGGUAUAUUUAUAAAGUUUAGUAAAAAUGUAUGUUACUGCUUUACAGUCACUGUAUAAAAUCAAGAGUAUUAUUAAUAAAUGUGUUUGAUGAUUUUAUGUUAUUGUGUAGCUAUGUGUAAAUUUUUGACAAAAAUAAGGUGUUGGCCGAAAAAAAACAAGUGUGCAAUAACUGGUGUAGAGUAAAUGAACUUCUUACACAGCAUUUUACAUAAUUCAUCUUAUCAUUUCUUUGACCUAUUGACUUCAAUAGACUACAUCAGGCUAAAGGAACAGUAACACCAAAAAAUG